UUUAUACUAAUUUAGCAAUUCACCUAAACUACACUAAUUGAUACAAAAUUAUAUUAAAUUAUAGUAAUCUAUAUUAAGAUAACGCUCCCCGGGAUGGGAAAUGCAAAGAGCUCAGCGAUCUCACAGGCGUUGCUGGACGACCUGCGGCAACGGACGAACUUCUCUGAGGCGGAGCUGUCUCGCUGGUUCGGGGAGUUCCGGCGGGAGUGCCCAACCGAGCGAGUCUCACAGCCCGAGUUCGAACGCAUCUACCAGCGGCUGUUCCCGGACAGCGAUGCGCAGGCGUACUCGAGCCACGUCUUCCGCUCCUUCGAUGUGAACGACGAUGGCACGCUGGACUUCAGCGAGUACAUCAUCGCCCUGCACCUCACCUCCUCUGGGCUCACUUCGCUGAAAUUGGAGUGGGUGUUCUCGCUCUACGACGUGGACAAGAGCGGAGCGAUCACCAAGGGGGAGGUGCUGGAGAUCACCCGGGCAAUCUUCAAACUGAUCCCGGAGGAAGAGACAAAGGAUUUACCAGAGGAUGAAAAUACAGCAGAGAAACGAGCAGAUAAACUGUGGAGCUACUUUGGAAAGAAAGAGAAGGAGAAGCUGUUGGAAGGGGAGUUCAUUAAGGGGGUGCUGGAGAAUGAGAACGCUCUGAGACUGAUUCAGUACGAACCGAAGAAGAAGUGAAGAGACCCCCCACCCCCGAGAUAAAUGAAUGCAGCCAGACAGGAGCAACUACUGCUAAUACUACCACUCUGUACUGAAUACUAUUACUAAUACUGUACUCUAGUGAAUUACUAAUACUGUACUACACUGUGCUGAAUUACUAAUAAUGCACUCUAGUGAAUUACUAAUACUGUACUACACUGUGCUGAAUUACUAAUACUGUACUACACUGUGCUGAGUUACUAAUACUGAUCUCUAUUGAAUUACUAAUACUGUGCUCUAGUGAAUUACUAAUACUGUACUACACUGUGCUGAAUUACUAAUACUGUACUCUAGUGAAUUACUAAUACUGUACUACACUGUGCUGAAUUACUAAUACUGUACUGCACUGUGCUGAAUUACUAAUACUGUACUACACUGUGCUGAGUUACUAAUACUGAUCUCUAUUGAAUUACUAAUACUGUACUCUAGUGAAUUACUAAUACUGUACUACACUGUGCUGAAUUACUAAUACUGAUCUAUAUUGAAUUACUAAUACUGUACUCUAGUGAAUUACUAAUACUGUACUACACUGUGCUGAAUUACUAAUACUGUACUCUAGUGAAUUACUAAUACUGUACUACACUGUGCUGAAUUACUAAUACUGCACUCUAGUGAAUUACUAAUACUGUACUACACUGUGCUGAAUUACUAAUACUGUACUGCACUGUGCUGAAUUACUAAUACUGUACUACACUGUGCUGAAUUACUAAUACUGUGCUCUAGUGAAUUACUAAUACUGUACUACACUGUGCUGAAUUACUAAUACUGAUCUCUAUUGAAUUACUAAUACUGUACUCUAGUGAAUUACUAAUACUGUACUACACUGUGCUGAAUUACUAAUACUGUACUCUAGUGAAUUACUAAUACUGUGCUCUAGUGAAUUACUAAUACUACAUUACACUGUGUUGAAUUACUAAUACUGUACUACACUGUGCUGACUUACUAAUACUGUACUACACUGUGCUGAAUUACUAAUACUGAUCUCUAUUGAAUUACUAAGACUCUGCUCUAGUGAAUUACUAAUACUGUACUACACUGUUCACUGUGUUGAUGCUGUAUCAGUAUAUUCACUGUGUUGAUGCUGUGUCAGU